UCGGAUCUGGGGAGAGGAGGAGGAGAUACCCUAUGGUUUUCCUUCGCGGGAUUUAUUUUGCCAGCUCCAAACCUUCUUGUGCUUUAUCUUUAUUUUUUUUUUAGUGACUGAAGGCCUUCAACUUGUCCGGACGGUCCCUCCCAACUCGCAAGGGAGCGUGAGUUUGCUGACCUUGGGUAAGAGCAGUUCCUGGAGAAGAAAGAUGUGGCGGCACCUGCUCAACUCACCACGGCGGGGAACGUUCACUGAGCAGACAUUUGCUUUAACUUGAAAAAUCCUUCCCCUGGCAAAAUCGACAGCUUGGCGAUAACGUGUUUAAUAGAUCAUUUUACACCUGCGUUGUAGGAUUUGAUGGACUGCCUUUGGGGAUCUUUUCGUGAAGCCUAGCUCGGUUCACUGAGUCAGUGCGCUUUUGAGUUUCCCAUAAAAGGCUUCAUCUGUUGGAUAUUAUGAUUACCUUGGAUCUAUCCCACUGAUAACAUUCUCUUGGAUAUUGUGGAGAUUCUCCUCAAGGGGGUCUUUGCCCAAGUGGAGGUUUAGCAGUGCCGCGUUGGGCCCUCGAAGGCUUUGAUUCCCGGUUAAGAGGAGGGUUUAUUUGGAUGCUUCCAAUGAAGGACAUGGAUGGCCCUCGAUCUAGUGGUCUCCGGAAGAAGAGGAAGUCGAGGUCCGAGAGGGAUCGGGGAAGGAGAUCAAAUGGUAUACAGAACAACCACGUGAAGGGCUCCGUGUUUCACUUCUCCUCUGACUCAGAGCGGGAGGGUGACAGGGAGCCCUCGUCGUCCCGACCUCGACCUCCACGAAGAAAGCGGAAGGAGUCUACUUCUGCCGAAGAGGACAUCAUUGACGGCUUUUCCAUCACAGGGUUCGUGACCCUCGAGGCCCUGGAGAAGAACAUGGCGCUAAAGCCUCAGGAAGGCAGAGACAACCAGGCAGGAUCCCUGCAUAAGAAAACCCCUUCUAGGGUUCCCAAUGGCCUGAGCCUGGAGCCCUGCAGGAACAAUUUCCACCACCAGUCCUCAGACCAGGAGAACAACCCCCGCUUGGCUCACUCGCAAGGGAAAAAGAAGAAGCACCUGAACAAGAAACACACGGUGCUGAAGCCAGGGCAGAACAACUGUAAGGACAGCGACAGUGAGAGCGUAAGCGAAGAGUCCAAGCCUUCCAUCAGGAGCAGCUCCAGAGACAGACUGACAGACUGCGACACUGAGAGUGACCAGGACGACAAGGUCUCCGAUGCCAGCUCCGAGAAAUUUUUCAGCACUGCUGCAGUUAAAGUUCCAGAUUUUGGCAUCGAUGUGCUCUCCACCAAUGGCAGCCAGGAGCCUCACGGCCCAGGCCUCCUCAAGGUGUCAGGCCUAGAACGCAGUCAAGAGAGGAGCCAGGAGAGUUGCAGAGACACUCAGCUGCCUGUACCCAGCACCCCCAAUCCACCUUUGUCCCCCCCAACCCUCCCCGUGUCACUGCCCCAGCCCCAACCCCAGCCAUCCAUCCCCCAGACCCUGUCCCCUCUUCGAACCCAGCCAAACGGGCCCACUCAGCCUUUAAACCACCUGCCCCCACGCUCAGAGGCUCUUCCCAGGCCUCAGUCACCCGCAGCCCUGCCUCUUGCCCAGGGCCAAGAGCCCUCACCAACCCCCCCUCCCCGGCACCAGCUCCAGCCUGAAGUGCUAUCCCACCCGAGGCCUCCACCUACACCUAGCCUUCACCCGCACCCACCAUCUCCCGCCCUUCCGAACCACCACUCUCACCAACAGCACCCCAUCCAGUCAGGGUCUCACCGGCCCCCAUCGCGCUGCCACCCCCGACCCCUUUCUGCCUACAACAGCCUCAGCCUCAACGGCCACAGCAGUAGCAGGAGCAGCACCCCAGGCACCAAGCCCCACGGACCCCCUACGCCCUCCCUGCACCUCCCCCACCACCCACCGCCUCCUCCGGCGGCCGCGGCAGCCUCCACCUUUCCCUUGGCCUUGCCCACUAACCAGAGUAACCCCCACAGCUUCCCGUCUGCCUUGCAGUCGUCUCCACACCCACACCACCCCAAUAUGUUUGCUCCUCCAGCAGCCUUGCCUCCACCGCCACCACUGACGUCUAGCACCCUGCCAGUACCCGGACAUCCUGCUGCUGGGAGUGCCUACUCAGAGCAAGACCUUCUGCGCCAAGAGCUCAACACCCGUUUCCUGGCGUCCCAGAGCGCCGACCGCGGUGCCUCGCUCGGCCCCCCGCCCUACCUGCGCACUGAGUUCCACCAGCAUCAGCACCAGCAUCAGCACCAACACACCCACCAGCACACCCACCAGCACACCUUCACGCCCUUCCCACACGCCAUCAUGCCCACCCCAGCACCGCCCAUGGUGCGUACCCCUGCCAGAAAUUUUGACAAAUAUCCAACAAAAGUCGACCCCUUCUACAGACACAGUCUCUUCCACUCCUACCCACCAGCCAUGUCUGGCCUUCCCCCUGUCAUCCCCCCAACCGGGCCCUUCAGCUCGCUGCAGGGGGCCUUUCAGCCCAAGACCUCUAAUCCACUGGAUGUUUCCGCAAGACCUGGAGCCGUCCCACACACGUUCUUACAGAAGGACCCCAGGCUAACGGAUCCGUUUCGGCCGAUUCUCAGGAAACCGGGGAAGUGGUGUGCCAUGCAUGUCCAUAUUGCCUGGCAGAUAUACCACCACCAACAGAAAGUAAAGCAGCAGAUGCAGGUCGACCCUCACAAGCUAGACUUCGGCCUCAAGCCCGAGUUUCUGAGUCGGCCCCCGGGCCCCAGCCUCUUUGGUGCUAUCCACCACCCCGGCGACUUGGCACGGCCCGCCACGCUUUUCUCCGCUGCAGGUCCCACGCACCCAUCUGCAGCUCCCUUUGGCCAUCCACCGCACCAUCCUGGAAACUUUCUUCCUCCAGGAUCUCAUUUAGAGCCUUUCAGUAGGCCUCCAUCGUUUGGAGGACUGGGAUCUCUCAGUUCGUCGGCCUUCGGGGGAUUGGGAAAUCCAGCACUAAAAUCCCUAACAGCGGCCAACUCGGUGUUUGGCCACAAAGAUGGCCCAAACGCGCCACAGCACUUCAACAGCAGCAGUAACAACAGCCACCAGGAGCCGUGGAACCGCCUGCAUCGCACGCCACCUUCGUUCCCCACGCCGCCACCCUGGCUGAAACCCGGAGAGUCUGAGAGGAGCGCGUCGGUGAGCUCACACGAGAGGGACCGAGACUCUGACAAACGGGACUCGUUGGUCAGUAAAGAAGACAAAGACAGGGACUCUGUUGAAAAGCGUCAUCCCAGCCAUCCGUCCCCGGUCCCCGUCAAUCCAAUCAACCUUCUUAGCCACAGUCGACCUCCUGAGCACCACAGGAACCACCUGCCACCUGCUUCUGGAGAGCCUCAGAGGGAGAAGGAGAACAAGGCCAAAGAGAGGGAAAGGGAGCACUCGGAUUCAUGGAAAGACAACGGCACAGACGACCACAAGCUCAAGGACAGCCAGCACAGUGACAAGGACACGCCUGUCAUCCAUGACGGCCGAGCGUCGGAGGACAAAAUGUCAAACAGAGGAUCGGCGUCACCGUAUGUCCGGCAGACCAGCUUGGAACGUCCCAACGGUGGCCUGACGAGGGAUGUCCUGGAGAAGAAGGUGGAGCUGCCAUACGAGCACCAGAAGAAGAGCAGUGAGGUGAAAGUAAAGGAGGAGAGGAAGGAGGAGCAGGAUGGAGGCGCAGAGAGGGCCAGUGAGCACCUGCAACAGGCGUCCUCCACCCCUAAUCUCCACCCUCCCUCCUCAGUGCCUGUGUCCAUGGGCAUGCCCGGUGUCCACCCCAUCAACAGCAUCAGCAGCCUAGAGAGAACUCGAGUCGUGGCGCCCUUUAUGGGUAUCAGUCCCAUCCCAGGAGCUGACAGAUUCCCCUACCCUCCCUUCCACUGGGACCCAAUGAGAGACCCCUACAGGGGCCUGGACAUUCACAGGCGAGACCCUUUGGCCAGGGACCUGCUGCUGAGGAACGAUCCUCUGCACCGGUUGGCAGGGCCGCGCCUGUACGAGGCAGAGCGCUCCUACAGGGACCGCGAGCCUCACGACUUUAAUCGCGACCACGCCCACCCCCUGGCCCUGGAGCAGAGGAGGGAACAGGAGCGCGCCCAACUGGAGGAGCGCGAUCGCCUCAACAUGCUCCGAGAGGACUACGAGCACGGGCGCCUCCACCCCACGGUGCACCAUCCCGCCCUCGACGGACACCUCCCCCACCCUGCCCCGGGCCUCAUGGCCCCCGGACUCGCUGGCAUGCACUACUCCAGGGUGAGUCCCUCGGCCGCAGCGGCGGCAGCUGCCGCCGCCGCGGCUGCAGCCACCGCCCAUCAGAAUGGUAUCCUGAACAAAACGCCACCCACCGCAUCUCUGAGUGCACCGCCCCCACUCAUUCCCACACUGGGCGCCCGGCCCGGCUCGCCCAGACGGACUACUCCCCUGGGCACAGAUAUCAGAGACAGACCGGCUCACAAAGACAUCGAGGCGCGGUGAGCUGAGCAGACUCGGUGCCCCUGCAGCCCUGUGCCUCACCAACACUGAACUCACAACCAAGCACUUAGCUUUGGCAAAGCAAGACUGUAACAUAGCUGUGAAUAAUUUAUGUGGGCACACAGAUGCCCAUGCAAUGAAUCGUUUUUGUAUAAAACUACAAAGAGACAAUAAUCAUGGAACAAAAAAAAGCUUUUUUUCAGAGAUUUUGUUUUCCCGUUUUGCUCCAGCUUUCCGUGUGCAUUCUUUCUCUUGUAUAGAAAAGUGAUGUGGAGUCAGAAUGAGCAACUUUGGAUUGUACAGGUACUUUAGCACUGAGUGUGUAGAUAAUGUGUACAGUCGCUGUGCUCACCCUGUACGGAUUCAAAUUCAUGGUACAAAUAUGCAAAAGAGUGUUUCGAAAGCUUUACUUUGACUGAUGUAAAUACAGGAGUAUGAUUCAGAAUGUGCUUUUUGCAAUUUCUUUUUCGUUUGGUUGACGCAGGUGAUUCGCAUUGUACCAGAUCCCCAGAUUCAACUAUGCAACAAAUGUCUCGGUUCCCUUUCUGAAAGCUGGCCUUCAACACUACUGACUGCGUGCCACUGUGUACCAUUCAAGGACAAGAGGCUGUAUUCUCUCCACAACGCAGACUUGACAUUAACUUUGCGUCCGUGCUGACAGAUGCAGCUUUAACUGAUCCGCACAGGGUUUCAGAUUCUCAUUUAACAAAAACAAAAUGAUUUUUGUCUUAUAAUAAUCUGUGGUGACAAUCCCAUUGAACUGAAUAUUAAAUUGUGAUGUAAAAAGCCAGCAGCACAAAUGUGUGGAUGGAUUUUCUGUUGUCCUCUUAGUUAACACCAGUCUUGUUCUGGGGAGAAUGCAGCGCAUUAAACACCAUGACGGCACAUUAGCCCUAGCGGAGGAGUGUAAAGUACAUGUUUUGGAUAAAAAAAAUCUUCUGUUGGUCAAACAGUGUAUUAAAGUGCUUUCCUAAGUUGUUGUACCUACAAAAUCAAAAUACAAAAAAAGCAAGUCUCAACCAUGGACGGUUUGUUUCUAACAAGCAGAGAUCUAUUUUAGUAGUCCACUGAAGGUUUAGUUGUGCGCUUCAAACUCUGUGAUAUCAUGUCGUGCAGUGUUUUUUAAUCCAACAUAAAAUUGUCCACCCGAGCCAUAGUGGUUAGUCGAUACGUAUCGCAAAAAGAUUGUUCAACGAGAAACCUUUUUUGCUGUUUACCGUGUACAGGGGAAAAAAACAAAGUCUUUCUAGAUCGUGUACAAUGAGAAAAAAUGAAGCGACUGAAUCUUCAGCAUGCUCCUCAUUUAAACUUGUGUUAUGUAAAUUGUGCCAUGUUAUUAAAA